GGGGGGGGGGGGGGGCGCACAAGUAUGGUGCACACCUGGACCCCACGGGGCCAUCGUUUGCCGCUGGCCUUUCGUUUGAACCAAUGAAACCGUGCGCUUUCGGUUUGUGUGCAGAUUAAAUUAUUAUGUAAGGCACCGGCUCGAACUCAUGUAGCCGUGUGCAUAUGAGCAAGAAACUAAUCCCCCGUCGUCACGCCGUGGUCGUAGUAGAGUUAUUCGGCCGUCAGUGUCCGGGGGCUGCGCGGUUCACACGCUCCCCGGCCGGACAUGUCGCGAGGCGGGAUUGGGAAGUUUGUGCGUUAUAGGGUGGCAGCGUGGUGAGCCCCACGGGAGGGGAUCGCGUGGACAGCGCAUCGUCGUCCUGCACACUAGCGACUACUAUUGCCGUGGCAGUUUGGGCGGCGACUCGACUUUUCUCUUCGCGGCAACAGCUGGCUGCCAACUACGAAAAUCCAUGAUGUCCUGCACUGUAGCUGAAAUCUCAAAGCCACUGGCCUCUGUGUCUGGGAGCCCUGAAGCCAACUGUCACUGCCGCCUUCUUCCAAUAGGACUUAAUAAGACUCAGCCUCAAGCCCUAAGCAAUCAGGGAUGGACAGGUGAAAACUAGGAGGCUGAGAGGUGGCCUUAAUUCAAAACCUUGUUAUGAAAAUAUCCCCAACCUUGACAGAUUCCUUUAAGAGGUUCACUUUUGCCAUAUAAAAAAAAAAUGCCUUUAAAUAUUAGAGCCAAGCCAGCACAGAGCAAGCUGUCUGGCCUAAAGAGUAGUGAGGCCAGCACGCCUCAUCCACGUUUCUCAAGGUCCCCGAAACAGGGGAAAGGCAAACAGGCGGUGAGCUCAGUACCAGGCUGCCGCUCGGGUCUAGAACCCGGUUCCGUGUCAGGAGGUGCGCCUGCACCGGCAUCUAAAUUGGCGGGAGGUCAGCGGUUGGUGUCGAGGCCUGGUUCAAAGAGCAAACCUGCCAUAGCAGCAGACAAAGGAGCCGCCGCUCAUGGUUCAGCGACAGCACCAGGGGGUAAAACCCUGUCUAUGGAGAAUAUCCAGUCUUUGAGUGCCGCCUAUGCCACUUCCGGCACCAUGUACCCCAGUGGGCGGGAUUCCUUGGAGCCCUCAGGCGGGUACCCCAAAGGUACCAUGACGCUGGGCAGGAGCACCAGUCGCUCCUCCUACACCGGCCGGACGACAGCCAUGGGUAGUAGCCCAAACAUCACCUCCUCUGGGCUGCAUCACCCAUCGGACCCCUAUGGAGAUCAAACCCUGCUCUCUGCAGGGACCGCCAGUCUAAGGCGGCAGUCUGGGAGACACCCACAGACACUGGAUUCUGCCGGACAGGGAGAGGCCUCCUCGUUCGAUCUCCAGAAUCAGCUGAGGGAGCUGCAGAGGGAGAAUGACAGCCUGAGGAGAGAGCUGGACGGAGGGAGGGAUGGAAGGACAGGCCCCAGCGUGAACAGCGUCAACUUCUGGAGCCCUGAUGUGAAGAGAGACAAGGGGGUUAGGCGGGAGGAGGGAGUGAGGGCCGUGGCGCUGAAGGACCAACACAGGACCAACCAGGAGGAUUUGCAGCAUGGGGAUAUCAGAAGAAUCAAGCAGCUCCCGUUGACAGUUCAGGAGCUUCAGGAGGAGCUGAGGGCUCACAGGGAGAUGAACAGUCGCUUGCAGCAACAACGGCAGCAGGGGAAUUCUGGCUCCUAUCGGGAACUCCACAUGGACCAGGACCACAGAGGGGGGCUCAGUCCAGGCCCCAGCCCCAGACAUAGCCCCAGCAACCUGCACAGUCCCGGACCAAAGAUCAGCCCCCGAGCCAGCCCAUCCAACACCUACAAUCCAAGGCAACAGGAAGCUGACAUCAUCAUUCACAGCCCUGGGUACGGCUGUAACACUACAGGAGCAACGCAGAGAAUCAGCCCAGCCAACACCCUUCAGCCUGGGCCAAGGAACAGCCCAAAUCAGCCCCUGUUCAGUCCCAGCCAAGGUCCAGUGUCGGCAGCCAGCUCCAGUUCCCUCCGGCCCUGCAGCCCCUGCCAGGUGCCUGGGUGCGAGGGCUUCUCCUCACCCCGUUCUCUGGAUCCGUCGGAGGAGAAUUUCCUCCGGCUGCAGUCGGAGCACGAGCGUCAGGCCAAGGAGCUCUCCCUGUUGAGGAAGACCAUGGAAGAGAUGGAGACGAGAAUUGACUCUCAGAAGCAGACGCUGGGCGCCCGGGACGAGAGCAUCCAGAGGCUGCUGGAGAUGCUUCAGGGUCAAGGUCAAGGUCAACACUGGGGCCGGGGACAGCGAACAGGCAUCAUAACCAUGGCAGCACAGGAGGCGGAAGCACAGCUGGAGAACAUGCACGUGAGAGAGGACACCAAAAUCUCCUCCCUGGAGAGGAACAUCCGGGACUUAGAGGACGAGGUCCAGAUGUUAAAGACCAGCGGCCUGCUGCACCCUGACGACAGGCAGGACGAGCUCAAGCAUGCGGAGGCCUACAAGAGCCAUUCUAAAUUCAUGAAGACCAAGGCGCAGGCCUGGUCACCGUGUGUGUCUUCCAUCAGACCGGCUCCCACCUUCCUCCUCCCCGCCCAACAGCCUUGGAUCACAGAACAAGCAGAAAUAGAGCAGCUGAAGCAGGAGCUGAACAGGAAGGAGUCAGAGAUGCAGGCCCUGCAGACCAAGCUGGAAACACUGACCAAUCAGAACUCGGACUGCAAGCAACACAUCGAGGUGCUUAAGGAAUCGCUCAGCGCCAAGGAGCAACGGGCCAGCACUCUUCAGACGGAGGUCGACGCUCUGCGGGUGCGUCUGGAGGAGAAGGAGCAGUUCCUGGCGAAGAAGACCAAGCAGCUGCAAGACCUGACGGAUGAAAAGAGCACACUGACAGGAGAGAUCCGAGACAUGAAGGACAUGCUGGACGUCAAGGAAAGGAAGGUCAAUGUCCUGCAGAAGAAGAUUGAGAACCUGUUGGAGCAGUUAAAGGAUAAGGACAAACAGCUGGCUGGGUUGAGGGAAAGGGUCCAGGGUCUCCAAACUGACUCCAGCAAUACAGACACAGCCCUGACCACACUGGAGGAGGCUCUGUCAGAAAAGGAGCGAGUGAUUGAGAACCUCCGGGAGCAGAAAGAGCGGGAGGACAGGGCUCGGCUGGAGGAGUUGGAGCAGAUGAGGAAGGAGAACCAGGAGCUAAAGGACAAACUCUCGGCCCUGCAGCCUCAAAAACUGCUGCAGUGCCAGACCACAAACCCCAGCCUGACCCAAAACCAGAGACCUGAAGGAGAGGUGAAAGCCAAAGUAGAUGGGCUACCAGCAGUAAGCCCCACGACCCAAAACACAGAAGAAGCAGUCAGGAAGUGUCCAGACAUCACAGAUCGUCUGAGGCUUCUGGAGCAGGAAGUGGCCCGCUACAGGGAGGAAUCCGGGAAGUCGCAAGCCGAGGUGGCGAGGCUGAUGACCGCCCUGAGGGACGCUGAGACGGACAAAUCGUGCAAAGAGAAGAACAUUUCUGACCUCCAGAGACCCGGGCAAAUCAAGUCGCCGAACGUCCAGAAGCAGAUGGUUGCGGGUGAGAUGAGGAAAGAGGCUCUGACUGAUGGACAUCCGCACUCUUUGUCACAGCUUCCUCUUUUAGCUUCCCAGGAUGCCAUGCGGGAGACGGCGGAGCGGAUCAGACAGUUGGAGAUGGCACUGAGGGAGAGCAUGAACACAUCUGCACACAGGGAGGCUCUCUGGGCACAGGAGGAGGCCGCCCGCGUUCAUGCCCAGAGAGAGCUCGAGGAGCUGAUGGGCGCUUUGGAGAAGACGCGGCAGGAGCUGGAUGCCACCAAACUGCGUCUGUCCUCCACUCAGCAGUCCCUGCACGAAAAGGACGGACACCUCGACAGUCUGCACCAGGAGAGACGCAAACAGCUGGAGGAGAUUCUGGAGAUGAAGCAGCAGACUUUGCUGGCAGCCAUCAGUGAGAAGGAUGCUAACAUUGCCCUGCUGGAAUUAUCCUCCUCCAAACGGAAGAAAGCCCAAGAGGAAGUGAUGGCUCUGAAGAGGGAGAAAGACAGGCUCAUGCACCAGCUCAAACAGCAGACUCAGAGCAGAAUGAAGCUGAUAGCAGAUAACUAUGGGGAAGAUCACAUCCACCUACAGCACCAUCCUCACCAUACUCACCACUUGCAACACCAAACUCACCACUUGCAUCCAGCAAACGUGCAUCACCGGAACCUGCCAAGAGGCCCGCCCCAUGCCAACCACCGCCCCCCUAUGGACCAGGAUGAUGAAGAAGGAAUAUGGGCAUGAUGACCAACUCCAUGGGAAUCCUGCAUCCCGUUGUUCAUCCUGCUUGUAGAGGCCGUGUACCAAGAGGUAACAGAGCUUCAAACUGCAAGAAUACACACCAGCUCAUACCUCCCCAACAUCAUGACCACCAGACCCACACACACACACACACACACACUCACACACUCCAGGACCCUCCGUUUCAAUAUGUUGUGGCCAAAGCUGAGUGUUCAGUCGGUCAGACUUUUUCCAUCUUACCGAUGAAUGUUACCUUCUCUGACAUGCACAGUGGCCCACUGAGGACCAAGGCCCACUGUGGGCGAGUGUUCCCCACCAGAGCAUCAGUCAUCGCCGCGCAGCUUAAAGGUAUUGGCAAGCGGUCGACUGCCUUGAUUUUCCUAGCUGUUUCCAAUAGACUAGGAACUGGAUUCAUUUUACAGAACCACGGUGCUACAGAGUUCUGGCUUCACAUCAACUGACAAUAACCACUUUCGACUACUAGUGUGGCGAAGCUGAGCCUGUGGAACUAGCCGUAAACACGUGCGAAUUCUGGACGGGUUCGCCAUGGCAUGAAUGUGCUCAUUUCUGCAGCUAUUUUUUUCUUUUUUGAAAAAAAAAUUAUUUAACCUUCGUUUAACCAGGAAGUCCCUUGAGAUUUAAAUCUCCUUUUUCGAGGGAGACCUCAAAAACUCAAACUUUUGUGAAAAUCACAACAUGGACUACGGAAAAUACGCAAAUCCACAGAGACCUUCCGGAUGUACCGUGCCAAAGGAGACGUCCCCGUCUGAGGAAACGAAUUACUGAAACGGGACCGCAUCUGAAUCAUUUGGGCGACCCAGUAAGCCGGUCUGACUAUCUUCCGCUUCCUGUGGAGAGAUCAACAUUAAAAAAAAGGCCAAAUUGGGCUCGAAGAUGAACCACACAGGAACUGUUAGAGGAUCAGUUUACACCUUCUCUAAAAAUCAGGACCUUAAUGAACAGGGGAGGAAACACCGCUGACCCCAAAUCAGCCAGAUUACUGUAAGAACAGUGUGUUUAUACGUUUCUCCUUGUGUUCGUUCAGCCUGCUGUACGUUUGUUUAAUGAACCAAUAUCAUGUUCUGUUUGCUUUUCUACGUCCGAAACAGUUUUGAGUGCCACUCGUCUUCUUCUUCUUCUUCUUUUUUUUCUUUUUUGAAGUUGUAACAGCUGUGUGUGACUUACAACGACGACAAGAGAUGCAUUAUUUCAUUGUCUAUUUAUGAAUCCUGUGAAUCUGAGUGGCUAAUCUAUUCAUAAUGAAGUGACUUGCAUUUUAAAGCACUGUGUCAUUACUUCUUUCCCCCCCCCACUGUCCUGGAGGUGAAUCUGAGGUGACAGUUGUGUACAGUAUUCUUGUGUUUGAUUCAGCAGUUUAAAAGUUUUUUUCUUUUUUCAUUUGGCCCCUUACCUAAUAUGUACAGUUUUUGUACAGUGUGAGGGAGUUUGUGUGUGUGUGUGUUUGUGCAUGUGUGUGUGUGUGUGUGUGUGUGUGUGUGUGUGUGUGUGGUUUUUGUGCCGCUCUCAUGAUCGUGACGACUGUGAACGUUUUAGGGGUCAACAGAGUUCACCCUUGACGUGGUCCACGGUGUUUUGCAGUGGUCAGCUUGUCUCUGUUGUUUGAAUUAAAAAUUGUUUUCACAA